GGCAGCAGCACCGGUGGCGAACACGGCGCGAUGGCCGCUCGGUGCCUGCAGAGCCCGGUGCUGGCAGGCAGCGCCACUUUCGCCGCCCUCGGGGCACUGGUCCUGUACUACGCGGAGCCUUCCGCCUACGGGAAGCACACCGAGAGCCUGAUACCGAUGGCUAUCAGCCUGCCCGCCCGCACCGCCUGGUUCCUGCAGGAGCUGCCCUCCUUCGCGGUGGCCGUGGGCUUCCUCGCCCUGCAGCCCCACUCUCUCUUCGCACCGCCUGGGACCGUGCUUCUCUGCCUCUUCUGUGCACAUUACUUCUACAGAACAUUUAUUUAUUCGCUGCUCACCAGAGGGAGGCCUUUUCCAGCUGUCCUCCUUUUCAGAGGUAUUGUCUUCUGCAUCGGAAAUGGAGUUCUUCAAGGCUACUAUCUGACCUACUGUGCCGAAUACCCUGAGGAGUGGUACACAGAUAUCCGGUUUAGCUUUGGUGUGUUCUUAUUUAUUUUGGGAAUGGGAAUCAACAUUCAUAGUGACUGGAUAUUGCGCCAGCUCAGGAAACCUGGAGAAGUCAUCUACAGGAUUCCAGAAGGUGGCUUGUUCACGUAUGUUUCUGGAGCCAAUUUCCUUGGCGAGAUCAUUGAAUGGAUCGGCUAUGCCGUGGCCAGUUGGUCCCUCCCAGCACUUGCAUUUGCAUUUUUCUCCCUUUGUUUCCUUGGGCUGCGAGCUUUUCACCAUCAUAGGUUCUACCUCAAGAUGUUUGAGGACUACCCCAAAUCUCGGAAAGCCCUUAUUCCAUUCAUCUUUUAAAGAAGCCA